AUGUGUUCCAACUCGACCACCGUGUUGUUGAAGAAACGAGAAAGAACGCAAAAUUGGGUGCCAGAGGAGAAGAACGCUUUAUUUUCGUUGAUCAAAGAGCACGUUAAUGCGAUCGAGAACAAAAAGAUCGACGCGGCAGCUUCCGCUAUGAAAACCUUUGCUUGGCAGCAGAUCUACUCGGCUUUUCGUGAGAGAUUCUCCACAGACAGGGACAUCACUAGAAUAAGGGAACAGUGGAGGAGAAUGAAAGGACAAGCCAGGAUGGAGAUGUACACCUUUGCUGAGAAGGUGAAGACUCUGGGUCCAGAACAGGCAGCCAAAUGUCGCCCAUCGAACCUGUCCAUCGAAGUAUGGAAACUAAUGGAAAAGGCGAGAAAAAACAAUGGGGACGAUCGUUCCGACGAAAAUGGUCGAGAAAGUCCCGAGAAUUCCAGCUUGCAAGCGUUCCUGAACAAGCUGACGGCCUCCACAGCGGAAAUAGCCACGGUGAACGAAAUUAAAGUGGAGGCGGAUAGCGACGAGUACAACACGGAGAAUGAGGGCAACCAACACGAAAUUUUUAAAAAGAAAUCGGACGUUCCACAGAGGAAACGAUCGCGAACCUCUGAAAGCGAGCCUGUGGAUCUUGCUGAACAGAGGACAAAUCCCAUAGAUACCAUGAUUCACAAUGAUGGUGUAUCCUUACCAAACGUGAAGGAAAGGAACGAUAGGAUUGAUGAUGAACAAGUUGAAUCUGUUCAGAAAGCAACAUGGAUGUUCGAAUUGGCUCAGAGGGAGCAUGAGUUAAAGCUGAGGAUGUUGAAUAUUGAAUUGGAACGAGCAGAGUUACAGAAACAGACAGCGAUUAACGAGUUGAAGACUUCGGAGAUUAAGAGACAGUUGAUUCAAAACCAAACCGCCGAAUAUUAUAGCCAAAUAAGAAUGGCUGGUGAACGUGGAUCUGGAGCUGGGAAAGGAGGUGGCGGUGGUGGAACUAUCCGUGAAGCUGGUGGAUCUUUUGGAAAAAUGGAAGCAGCUCAUGAAGAUCAAUAUUUUUAUAACAUGCAAAAAGAACAACUUCAAAAACUUAAAGAGGACCUGCAUGACGAAAUCUCUUUUCAUGAAGAACAAAUCAAACGCCAUCAAGAGGCCAUAAACCGUCACAAACAAAGAAUCACAGAUAUGGAUGAGAAAUAA